AUGGCGAGUCCACCAGAACGGGAGCCGAAGAUGAGGAAUUCCCCCAGCGACUCCGAUUCCGUCACUGCCUCUGCUGCAUCCUCGACCUCUGGCGACGCCUCCGAUUCCGUCUCUCCGGAGGAGCAGCCCUCCGCGCCGGCUGCAUCUUCGACCUCCGUCUCGCAGGAGCCGUCCGACGACGACGCCGCCUCGAUCUCGGACUGCGGAGAUUCGAGUUUGUCCUCCCUCGGUAACGGCGAGUAUGCCGAAUCUGACGAUGAUUCCGGCUACCUGGGAGAUAAGGAAUAUCUUUCCUAUUUGGCCGCAGAGUAUGAAUCGGGCAACAUCAUAGAGCUUCUUCAAGACAAAUAUUCUAGAUUUAGGCGUGCAAAAGGAGAUGACAAUUGUUUUUUUCGCGCCUUUAUGUUCGCCUACUUGGAGCAUUUGCUGGAGACUCAAGAUAAAGCUCAGUUUGAUUCUGCUAUCGAAAAGGUUGAACAUUGUAGGAAGACAUUGAAGUUUGGAGAUCCAGAUUAUAUAGCUGAGGACUACUUUUCGGUAUUCAUUACCAUGCUGGACUGUAUUCAGAGAGGGAAUCUAAGUCAUGAGGAGCUACUAUGGAAGAACAACUAUAGAUAUGUUUCAAAUUAUCUUGUUUUCUUCCUCAAAAUUGUUGCAUCUGUUGAAUUGUUCUCCAAAGCAGAGUUCUACAAGCCAUUUAUUGCUGGAUUUGAAAAUUUAAAAUUGGAAAAGGUGUUCUGCAAGAGCUCAGUGGAGCUGAUGGGGGAAUGCGACCAAGUGCGAGUCAAAGCUCUAACUGAUGCUUUAGGAGUUCAGUUACGGAUUGAACAUGUUGUUCAGAGCUCGAACCACUCUAUUAUUCCACAGCUGCAGCACCAUGACUACCAACCCUCUGCAAGCUGUGGCACAGCAGCUGAGGACCGCCCACCUGCCAUCACCUUGCUGCAUCGAUGUGGCCGUUAUUACAUUCUGUACCCCUAA